GGCGCCGCCGUGCGCGGGCGGCGGCGGGCGCGGCCCCGGGAGCCAAGAUGGCGGCGGCGCGGCGGCUGUGCGCGGCGGCGGGGCUGGGCGGGCGGUUCUGUCAUGUGCUGUUAAAACAUCACAAUCUGACAGCUCGACAGCCUUUCCACCAGCUUCUGCCCAAAAAACCAUCUCUUCCAUCUGCAGCAUGGCAUCGUGCAGUAAGAGGCAUGUUUAUUCAAACUCAGGACACACCAAAUCCAAAUAGCCUGAAGUUUAUUCCAGGGAGGGAAGUGCUGGAGUCCAGGACUAUGGAGUUUUCCACACCAGCUGCAGCCUAUUGCUCACCUUUAGCAAGACAGUUAUUCCGGAUUGAAGGAGUUAAAAGUGUUUUCUUUGGGCCAGACUUCAUCACAAUCACCAAGGAGAGUGAAGACCUGGAUUGGAACUUGCUGAAACCAGAUAUUUAUGCAGCCAUAAUGGAUUUCUUUGCCUCUGGCUUACCUGUAGUUACAGAUGAGGCACCCAGGACAGAUACAGCUGCUUCAGAAGAAGAUGAUGAAGUUGUACUGAUGAUUAAGGAGCUGCUGGAUACAAGAAUCAGGCCCACAGUGCAAGAAGAUGGUGGUGAUGUUAUUUACAAAGGCUUUGAGGAUGGGAUUGUGCAGCUGAAGCUGCAGGGGUCGUGCACCAGCUGCCCCAGCUCCGUCAUCACCCUCAAGAACGGGAUCCAGAACAUGCUGCAGUUCUACAUCCCUGAGGUGGAAGGCGUUGAGCAGGUUGUUGACGACGAUGAUGACGUGGAGAAAGAAGCAAAUUCUACUUGAGCUUCAUCAUCUGUGGCAAAUAAACAUUUACCUCCUGGUGUAUGUAAACCAAUCCACCUUGUCAGAAAAACAGCUGUACUUACUGUAAGAAUGUACCAUCAGUUCAAGCAGUUCAUCCACUAAUUUAUUAAAUGCCCUGUAUUACAAAAAAAUUUUUUUUCUCUACUUUGUGCUAUGUCUUUAGAAAGAAAUGGUGGGCUCAGAAAACAGUGAUGUGUUUCUUUAUUGUUUUUUGUUACAGAAACUUCAAUACUAAAAAAAAAGAGAAGGCAGAAGUUCCCUGACUUUUUUGUGCUAUAGCAAUAUUAGAUGUUUAUUCCUCCAACUUACGGGACUGACAGGACUCUCUGCCCUUACUCUGUAAAUGGGAGCUUCAGGAAUGUUAAUUUUAUCAAGUCUUGUUAAAAAGCUGCUGAUUCCUAUCAAAUCUGUGUGUGUGAAAGAUAACCUGUAACAUCAGCUGUUCAUUUUGGGGGACGUAACACUGCCAUGGCUUGUGCAAAGUUACCUCCUUGCUCAUUGUUACCAUGCAAACCAUAGCAACAGAAACAAAGUAAGUUUGUUAUAAAAAUCGGAUCUUCUAAAGUAAAUGUUGGAAACAAAUUAUCCUAAUCAGCUUCAGUAAGUAGAGAGACUAAUUAGCUGAUGUAGCAGUAAAGUCGUUCAGGCACUGUGAGUGUUCUGUUUAACAUGCAUGAUUUCUCAGCGUCAGGAGGAGGGUGCAGUGCUGGCAGGCACGGAUUGCCCGUGCAGGGUGGCAGAGGGAAGGAGGGGCUGUGCUUGUGUUUGCUCCUGCCAUAUCCUGUUUGCUCUCCGGCCCUGUGCUUGGCUGCCUCUGGGGGAUGUGCAGAGCAGGGCAGGGCUCCUUCCAGUCCUGCACACAGGGCAGAGAGGUGUUUGCUGUUCUGACAUACAGAACAUACAUAGUGUUUGCUGUUGGAAUAUAUAAAUGGGCCUUUGCAAGGAGUUGUGUUUACUUCUGUGUGGAGGAAUGAUUUCUUCCUGGUGCCUUUAGCAGAGGGCUUUGUGACCAGGAAUUCUGUUCAUUCUUUGUGCUAAACCAUGGACCUGAGUUGUGGUCCUCAUUUGGCUCAUGAUUGGCUUGACAGCCUCUGGUGUGUUCCCCUCUUUCAUUCCUUGCCAAUGUAACUAUUCCACCGAGUCCCUAAACAGGAUCAGUUCAGCUGCUGGAGAAUCUCCUCUAUAGCACCACAUCGGCACGUGGUAGCCAUAAACUACCUCUUACUUGGUAGAAAUUUGAAAAGGAAUAUUUUAGAUAUAUAUUUCUUUAGCUUUCAGUAAUAACCCACAGUUGUUUGAAUUAACCUCUGAGGAUGUGGAAAUCGUUUCCUCUCAGAUGAAGUACAUGGUACCAGCGUAUUGAUGACAAAACUCCCUGCUGCGGGGCAGGCUGAGCCCGAGGGGAGCAGCGCUAAUGUGGCUGCCCGCAGGGUGCGUGUUCCUGCCCCUCACCUUCCCAGGGAAAGGUGGGAAAUCGGCAGCCUCCUGGAAAUCAGGGCGUGAGCCGGGUUUUGGUCCAGCUUCAGCACUGAGGGGAGAAAAGGCCCGAGAGCGGCGGGGGAGAGCGCUGCCAGGCACGCUCCGGGCCGGGGUCCGUGCCCGGCUGCUCCCGGUGUGUCCGUGCUGUGUGCUGCCUGCAGUCCCCGUGUGCUGACAUCCCGUGUCCUCACUGCUCCGUGUCCGUGCUGUGUGCUGCCUGCAGCUCCCCGUGUGCUGACAUCCCGUGUCCUCACUGCUCCGUGUCCGUGCUGUGUGCUGCCUGCAGCUCCCCGUGUGCUGACAUCCCGUGUCCUCACUGCUCCGUGUCCGUGCUGUGUGCUGCCUGCAGCUCCCCGUGUGCUGACAUCCCGUGUCCUCACUGCUCCGUGUCCGUGCUGUGUGCUGCCUGCAGUCCCCGUGUGCUGACAUCCCGUGUCCUCACUGCUC